UGCCCCUCAGUGCCCGUAAACACCAUUGUGCUGUUCAUCUGCCGCAUUUGCAGCAGCAGCAGCAGGGAGAUUUCCCCUGAAAUGGAUUGCUGACCCAGCGGCCGGCCGGACAAUGCGAUGAGCGCGGCACAAAGCCCGCCUUCCAGAAAGCCAUCGCACAAAGCCGAAAGCCCCGUCCGAGCCCCAACCUGCUGGGCUCCGCAUAUCCCUCCCGCCAGUGUGGGGCUAGUGGCGGGGCUGAGCGGGCCGCAGCGGCAGCAUGCCCUUGCCGAGGCGCCGGUCGUCCUUCUUGGGGCAGCAGCCCCCUGCCUCCACGACAGAGAGCGCGGCGGGGCCCGGGCGCCGUGUGAGCGUGGGGGGCCUGUCGAGACCCCCCGGCGUCUAUGUGGGCUCCGUGCCCACCGGAGGAGUGAGCAGCUUGGGCACCCGUGUGUCCCGCCGAGCCCUGGGCAUCAGCAGCGUCUUCCUCCAGGGCUUGCGCAGCUCCUGCUCCGCCGUGCCCCUGGCCGCGGGGCUGGAGAAGGGCAGGGGGCUCUCCUACGAGAGCCUGAACGGCUGCCUGGUGGAGUACAUCGAGAAGGUGCGAGCCCUCGAGCAGGUCAACCAGGAGCUGGAGGAGCACAUCCGAGUCUACCUGGACAAGAAAUCCUCCAGCGUGGGCAGCUGGGGCGCGCUGCGGGAGAGCUGGGAGGCCAUCUACCACCAGGUGGGUGAAGCAGUCCUUGAAAACGCCCGUCUCAUGCUGCACACCGAGAACAUUCAAGCCUGUGCUGAAGACUUUAAAGACAGGUAUGAAAAUGAGCAGCCAUUCAGAAAGGCAGUGGAAGAUGAAAUUAAUUCCCUUUAUAAAGUGAUUGAUGAUGCUAAUUUAACUAAAAUGGAUCUGGAGAGUCAGAUAGAAAGCAUGAAAGAAGAGCUGACUUUGCUGUCAAAGAAUCAUGAAGAAGACGUGAAGGUAUUGUACAAACAGCUUGCUGGAUCUCAGCUGGAAGAACUUGAUGUUCCCCUGGGAAGUGGCCUGGACAACAUACUGGAAAAAAUCAGAAUCCACUGGGAGAGAGACAUCGAAAAGAAUCGUGCUGAGACGGGUGCCCUGCUCCGUACCAAGCAACAGGCUGAAGCGACAGCUGCAGUGCGAAGCCAGGAGGAAGAACUGGUGGAGGGCCUCAGAACCGAGUUCCACGAAACUGCCUGCAAAAUACAGAGCUUGCAGGCCGAAACUGAAUCCUUGAGAACCUUGAAGAGGGGUCUGGAGAACUCCUUAUAUGAUGCCAAGCACUGGCAUGACAUCGAACUGCAGAACCUAGGCUCUGUCAUUUCCAAGCUGGAGGCAGAGAUGGCAGAAAUCAAAGCAGAAACUGAGCAGCAGCAGCGGGAUCGUGAAAAUCUGCUGACCAACAAGCAACAGCUGGAGAAAGACAUUGCUGCAUAUCACUGCCUUCUGGAUGGAGAGCAAAGCAGCUGAUUAUGAAAUUCCCAGCCCACAGAAGACCAUUGCCAUUCAAAGCAAAAGAUGUCACUGCUAAGUAUGUUCGUGGAAGCUGAAAACCCAUCAAAGCAGCCUGCUUUACUCAGUUUGAUUCAACAGUCGAAGUAGGUUGUAGCUUGAACAACUUCAUUAGACCCUCUUCAUGUAACUGCUUUGCUUAAAGAUUUCAAUUUACUCAUGUUGUUAAAAUUAUAAUAAAAAUAAAGAAUAUCA